CAGUCGCCACCCCACCAGCGACAGCGCAUCCUCAUUCUUCAACCCCAACCAAACCAGUCUCCGAAGCGCAAAUUGCCCAUCAUGGGAGGCGGCGAUCUCAACUUGAAAAAGUCCUUCCAUCCCGGACUGCGACGCAACCAGGCAGCGGUCUACGACGAGGAACAAAAGGCCCUCGCCGAGCGCAAGCGCACCCAACAGCGCAUCAAUGAGAUCAAGGAGGAGCGCGCCAAGGAGGAGCUCCAGCAGCAGCUGGAGGCAGCCGGCGGAAAGAAGCGCGUUGAUCGCGUCGACUGGAUGUACCAAGGCCCUACCGAUGGCCAGACAGGCACCACCGAAGAAACCGAGGCGUACUUGCUGGGCAAGCGACGAAUCGACAACCUCAUCAAGGGGAAUGAGCACAAGAAACUGGAGAAGCAGGCCGGGGAGGAGAGUUUUAUGGCCUUGCAAAACGCCAACAGCGCCCGCGACACGGCCGCCAAGGUCCGCGAUGACCCCUUGCUGGCCAUCAAGCGACAGGAACAGGCCGCAUACGAAGCCAUGAUGAACGACCCGAUCAGGCGCCGCCAACUCCUCGCUUCGAUGGGUGUCGAGGACGAGAAGAAAAAAGACAAGUCGAAGCGGAAGGAGGAAAGACAUCGACGGAGGCAUCACCGCCACCACAGUCCCGAUUCCGACGAGAGACGCCACAAGCGCAGACGGUCGCAUUCACGAUCACGAAGCCCCCGAAGACGCGAUGGAUCACAGGACGAGGACCGCUACAGGCGACGAGACGAGGACGAGGCACGCCGGUCUCGACGAAGACGAGACAGGUCCAACGAUGGGGGAGAACGCCAACACCGUCGACGGGAUAAUGAGAGAGACCAUUGGGAACGCCAAGAUUCACAUCGGCGCCGAGAUGACGACCGACGACGGGAUGAUAGUCGGCGACAACAAGACUCAGAAUCUGGAGAUGAGCGGUCUCGGCGGCGCUCUGAACCCUACAACCGUUCUGAACCCUCACGCAAUGGCUACAACGGCGAUUCGAGGAGAGACACACGGAAGAGUUACGGCGGUGACGCUCGGGAUCGGGGACCGAAGCCCAACGGCGGCGCUCGAUCCGAGGAGAACGAUCAAGCCAAGGAGGAAGAGCGACAACGCAAGCUAGCGGCGAUGCAAUCCGCAGCGUCGGAGCUGGAUGACGACCGAGUGAAGCGGCUGGCGGCGUUGGAAGAGCGGGAGCGGGCACUACGAGAGGCGGACGACAAGGGGCGAGAGCGCGGAGGAGAUCGGGGCUUCGUGAAUGGACUGCAUCGCCAGGCGGCCGGCAAGAUGGAUCUGGCGGAGCGAAUGGGCCGGGGGCGACAGGGCUUCCGGAUGGAUGACGAUUAGUGGUUUACGGCGGAUCUUGAUGGUACGGAUAUGGGUCUGCUCUAGUAUGGAUAUGAGUAUGGGCAGUUACAAGAUAGAACGAUGGGCGCAAUGGAGCCAGUCAUGUAAUAUAGGCGUACACGCAAUCGAAUUCCAAGACCAUUUGGGGGCAGAAGCUAUUGGUGAUAGUUCUCACGCCAAUUCAUCUCGAUAAGAUAAUAAGCAAUCUGUGAUAA